CCUGUAGGCUCUCGGGGGAGAGGAACGCCUGCUUAUCCUGAAAGUGCGUUUGGAAGCAGAAACUAUGAUGCUUUUGGAGGACCAUCAACAGGCAGAGGCCGAGGCCGAGGACAUAUGAGUGAUUUUGGAAGCAUUCAUAGACCUGGAAUUGUUGUUGACUAUCAAAACAAACCCACCAGUGUGACAGUUGCUGCCGCAAGAGGAAUAAAGAGAAAAAUGAUGCAACCAUUUAAUAAGCCUGGUGGAACCUUUAUCAAGAAACCCAAGCUGGCGAAACCUGUGGAGAAGAUGAGCCUCAGCAAAUCGCCCACAAAAACUGAUCCUAAAAAUGAAGAAGAAGAAAAGCGGAGAAUUGAGGCUCGGCGAGAGAAGCAAAGGCGCAGAAGAGAGAAAAACAGUGAGAAAUAUGGAGAUGGAUACAGAAUGGCAUUCACGUGUUCAUUUUGUAAAUUUCGAACAUUUGAAGAAAAAGAUAUUGAACUGCAUCUGGAAAGUUCUUCACAUCAGGAAACAUUAGAUCAUAUUCAAAAACAAACCAAAUUCGAUAAAGUAGUUAUGGAGUUUUUGCAUGAAUGUAUGGUAAAUAAAUUCAAGAAAACAUCUAUUCGUAAGCAGCAGACAAAUAGUCAAACAGAAGUAGUCAAGGUAACUGAAAAGGACGUUAUGGAAGGUGUUACUGCAGACGAUCACAUGAUGAAAGUAGAGACUGUUCACUGCAGCGCCUGCAGUGUCUACAUCCCGGCUCUGCACAGCUCGGUCCAGCAGCACUUGAAGUCUCCUGACCACAGCAAAGGGAAGCAGGCUUAUAAGGAACAAAUAAAAAGGGAGAGUGUCUUGACUGCUACAAGCAUUUUAAAUAACCCAAUAGUGAAGGCACGAUACGAACGUUUUGUUAAGGGUGAGAAUCCUUUUGAAAUUCAGGAUCAGUCCCAGGAUCAGCAACUGGAAGGAGAUGAGGAGGAGGAAGAAAAGAUGGACGAGCCUGUUGAAGAGGAGGAGGCGGAGGAGGAGGAGGAGGAGGCGGAUUUGCCUGUCUCAAGCCAGGAAAAUCCAAUUGGCAUUUAUCUUCCACUUUCGGGGCUGGAGCCGAACAAGAGAAGGUUGUUGAAACUGGAAAAUGUGGAGCCCAUCUAG